UUUUGAGUUUUGACCCGUCAAUUAAUGACAAUCAUCCUCCGAUUCCCCCACACUUUUGUUGCUCUCUUUUAGGAACCUUUUUCAUACCCAAAUCACUGCGUCUGUGUGAAAACCAAUCCCUCUUUUCAACAAAUCCAUCACCUGCGCGCGAUUCUUUCACGAUCGACAUAAGAAAGAGUUAUCACGCUAUAAGCUUUCCACAUGUGAUAGAUUUGCAAGAAUUUCUUUGCGGUUUCAUCUCCCUCGACCUUUCUAUGGCUUUGAUCAUUAACUCCCCUACAUCUUGUGCUUUGACGAGUCCUAUUUCGUGGGUCGGGGAAAUUUUUGUCGGACGCAAAGGAGGAUCUUCUUUAGUCUUCGAAAGUUUGAAUUUCGAGAGUUCAGAAAUCUCGGCCGACGAGAGUCCUCGAGAGAAAGCUCCUCGUGUAACAUGCCAAGAUGAUAACACGCAAGAAUAUAUACCCGGUGGUGGUGGUGAAGUAGACGCAACGGAUUCUUACGGUGAAAUGGCAGUUAAUGAGAAAUCUGGUAUUUUGAUGAUUGAUAUAGUAAGCCAUGAAGAGAAAAUCACGCAAGAAUUAAAUAUACGUAAUAAAGUUCAUCCAAAAAAAGAGAACUCUGGUGUUUUGUUGAUUGAUCAAGGAAUAUCGGAUUCUUUGGAAAUAUUGGUGGAUUUUGGAGGGGCCAAGGAGGCUCUCAAGCCGAGAAAGAGGCCGUCCAUGCUGGUUGUGCCGGCAUAUAGCGGUGACAUGGAAUUUGGUGAAAUGGGUAGGAAGUUGGCGAACAAGGAAUUUGAGGUUGAAGGGAGAAAUUUCUCUUUGGCAAGCAAGAAAGGAAGAAGAACGUCGGUCAUGGAAGAUGGGUAUGGGGUUAUGCUUGAUAUUCUCGGAGAUCCCAAGCAGGCACUUUUUGCUGUGAUUGAUGGGCAUGGAGGUCAUGCAGCGGCAGAUUACGUUGCAGAAAAUUUAGGAAGGAACAUUGUAAAAGCCAUCGAAUGCGUUGGAGAAGAAGAUCGGUUAGAACAGGCUAUCCGUAGAGGUUACUUGGUCACAGACAAGGAAUUUCUUAGUCAGGGAGUAAGCAGUGGAGCUUGUACAGCUAGCGUGGUAUUAAAGGACGGAGAGUUACAUGUAGCAAAUGUCGGUGACUGCAGAGUAGUUUUGAGUAGAAAAGGAUUAGCUACUGCAUUGACAAAUGAGCACCGUCUCAGUAGGGAAGACGAGCGUCGUCGUAUUGAAAAAUCCGGUGGUUUUGUGCAUUGCUGCAGUAAUGGAGUUUGGAGAGUUCAAGGAUCGCUUGCAGUAUCUAGAGCCAUCGGUGACUUGCAUUUGAAACAAUGGAUCAUAUCUGAACCGGAGAUUAUAAAGCUUCCUCUAACUUCCGACUGCCAGUUCUUGAUAAUGGCUUCUGAUGGGCUCUGGGAUAAGGUCAGUGAUCAGGAGGCAGUUGACGUUGUUUUGAGAGAGAAGAAUAUGUUAAUGUCUUGCAAAAAGCUUGUAGAUAUGUCUUGUAGCCGAGGAAACAGGGAUGACAUAACUGUCAUGGUGAUCAGUCUUCAAACUUUUGUAGUUUCCAGUGGUUAGUCAUGGCAAAUAUAUUAUAUAUAUAAUGAAAAUAUGAAUAAUAUUUCAUGUUUA